GUCCUUAUGACCUCAUCAGUUCGGCUCGCCUUUUUGGCGACGCUGUUGCUUCUGCUACCGUUAGAAGCUCAAAUUCAACAAGCAAACUCAGCAAACGUAAAUCAAAAUGUAGGCCAACAAGAUACGGGAACUCUUUUCACAGGAACAGGCACAAAUCUUUACUACGGAGUAAACCUUGUUCCAUUUGGACCAGAAGUUGGAGAUCAAGAAGUCAAUCCUGGUCUUUUGACAGCUGGACAGACAAUUGAUUUGCAUAUGUAUUUCCCAUUUUAUGGAGGAUUGUACAAUUACUCUACUCUCUCCGUGAAUGGAUACAUCGGCUUUGCCACUGUAUUGGACCAAGGACCAACGUUAAAUGUCGGACCAGAUAUGACUGAUUGGCCAAGACACGAGGAUCCAGCUAUGAUUGCUCCGUACCUUUGCAAGCAACAGAUCCCACAAAACCUGAACCCUGGAAUGCGUUCUGGAGUCUUUUACCGUUUGAUGAUGCGUCAAUCUCUGUUUGGCCGUCAAACUGGAAGUAACAUGAACAUGGGACAAGCCACGUAUCAAUCAUCUUUCUUCGGUCAAUCCGCCUCAAAAGCUUGUCCAGGAACUCCAGAUUCAUAUGUUAGAUGUGAUUCCCAAGCAGACUAUUUCCUCGAAGAAAUGCAAAGAUGGUUGAUCGAAGGAGUUGCUGGAGCAGCUGCAUUCCGUGCCGAUGCUGCGUUGGUUGUGACCUGGUAUAAUACAGCUUCUGCUAUUUCUGGAAGAUCUGAUAUUGAUUCUGGACAAUUGGCCACGUAUCAAGCUAUCUGGUUGACUGACAGAACCGCCCGUCUUUCCUAUGUAAUCCUCAACUACGAUCGUCUUGGAUUCGACGCCGCUGAUUUCCGACAAAAUUCGCGUUCGGGAAGAUGUCAGGCAUUGUUCAAUGGAGGAAACCAUACCGGACUUGUGCCAGUUGAUCCAACACAAGACUUCAAAAAUACUCCAAAAGUUCUUGCUCAAAGAUCAGGAGUUCCUCAAAUGGUCAGAGGAAGAUAUAUGUUUAGAGUUGAUGAUGUUGUUAGACCAGCCGGAUGCAGUAACAAAACUGGAGGAACUUAUCCAAUGUUGAUCUACCCAAACAUUGUGAACAUGCUCGGAGAAAUGACUGUAGAUGUGAAUGCAAUCUGUCUUGACAAGUCUCAAACCUAUAUUCUUAUGAUCGAACAACGUCAAACUGCCACUUGUACAGUACUGACUUCUGCGAUUGCUCGAUGCAAUCUACCAAAGAUUUUCGAUUGGGGAACUAAAACUGUAUAUUUCCAACCACAAUCCGGAGGUGCAAAUGAUGAAAAAGCAUUUGUUGGUUACAUAUAUUUUGUCCCACCAACGUUGGAUCCUAUGAGGUUAGACAUUGGAAAUGUAUACGAUUGGUUCAAAAAUCCUCUUCCCUACACAACAAUGCCUUUGGUCUGGUAUCCAAGAAACUUUACGAAUCCGGAAAUGACUCAGCAUAUGGAUCAAGUUCGAAUGAAUGAUGACACGCUUUACAGUACACAGCUUGGAUUGUAUGUUAUUGCAUACAGAGAAUACAAGGAUGACACUAUCAAAAAAUUCCGUCCGGAGCAUCGUGUGAUCUGUCGUCUGGCAACAUACUCAAACAGAAAUACUUAUGAAUAUCGUUGGAAACCACAGGAAGAACGAAUCAAUUUGUAUCAAGUUGAGCAAUGGUACAUGAAUGAUUGGGAACGUCAAAAUGAUUUGUAUCACUAUCGAUUUGGAUAUUUGAAGUUGGCUCCUUUGAAGACUAAUCAAGAACAGAAUCCACAACAAUUACUAUCUGGUCUGGUCUCUUCUCCGAUUUCUCUUCACUUCCUGUGGACAUCAAACAAUCCUCAAUUUGCUACAACAACUUAUUCCCAACAGGAUGAAUCGGCUCGAACUGAAUAUGUGAAGAAGAAGUCAUUGGAAAUGUGUCAUGAUUGGUACGAUGAGGAUGGAGCUCAAUGGAACUUUAUCAGAGAUACGGAAACUAACUCUUCCUGUCCAUGCAUUGAACGUCAAGCCAUUGCUGAUAUUGGUAGAUUUAUGCCACAUCCAAGAUGUUCACAAGCUUUCCGUGAUAUCACUUGUACCACUUCAAUUGGCUCUAGAAAUUGUUACAUGAGCUCGCAAAAUGUUAUGACUACUUAUGCAGGAGAUGGAAGACAAUACAAUGAAAAUCUUGCUCGCUUCCCAACUCACUAUGGUCAAGUCUGCUGUUACGAUGAUCAAGGACAUCUGAUGCAAACAUCUUAUCAACCAGUUAUUAAAGUAACACCUGAAGUUCCAUACAACCCUGGUUUCCCAAUGAGAGCCUACGAAUUUGGAACAGCUCCUUACAUGGGACAAUAUGAAGUACCGGGUCUAUCAGCAUUCCAUAACGACUAUAUGCCAUAUUUCCUGUGCUGUAAAUUUGCGGAUUUUCGAUGUCAAAUGUUCUAUUGGAGACGCCCAUCUUCUGGAUGUCAAGAGUAUCAGCCACCUGCAUAUGGAGAAGUUAUGGGUGCAGGAACAUUCAAUACGAUUGAUAAUGAUAAAUUCAUUUUCAACGAACCGGGAGUUUACAACGGAUUGUAUAUUCCACAUACUCUUUCUACUCCAGAGGUGAAAGUUCAGAUUCGAAUGGAGAGAUAUCCGAAUAGAAGAGUCGAUUUCAGUCUUCUCGGUAGAUACAUGGCACAGCAAGAUCUUGUACAGCCAACCAAUGCAACUGUUGUUACCGGAGUUGUUCUUGAAGCUACUGGAACUGAUAGAGUACACGUUGUUGCAAGAAAGGAUACAAGAAGAUUCAGAUACAGAACUUCUAUUAUUGUUGGAAAUAUUCUGCGAUACUUCGAUACAAUGAGAAUUCAAAGGUUUAAGGGAGUGAUGAUUUAUGUGAACAACGUCGAACGCGGUCAGCCAGAAAUCUACGUAGUUCUCGAAGAAGCUCAGAUCGGAAUACGUGUCCGUGAAUCAUAUGCAAUCGAUAUCGAUCGUCUCUCUGAAUAUCAAGAAUCUAUGGGAAUCCUCAACAUUGCUGUCUCAGUGCCUCCACAAUACGGGGUUCGUCCAGACGGAGACAAGACGAGAGAACAAGAAAUCCGACAGAGAUACAACUUGCCACGUGUCAGUGGAGUAUUCCGACCAUUCCCUGAUCAAUCAUCUGGAAGUUAUCUGAACACUCUCACAUUGAAUGAUGUUAACUCGGAAACUUAUAGACAACAGAUCAUCAAUAUGUAUAGAGUCCAAGGAUCAGGAGAACCAGGAUCAGAUCAGAAUAUCAAUAAUCAAGGGAACAACUAUGGUAUGCCAACAGAAAAUAUGUUCACAACUUCGAGAGACGAAGAUAAGAAGUUUGAAGUAUUCCCUGAAGCUCAAAUGAAAAGUGGACCCAUUUUCAAGACUUCUCCUAAAUAUGAAACUGGCGCCUACCGAUUCUAUCCGAUGACUGGUCAAGUUCUGAAUCAGAGACUUCAGACAUGCAGAGAUAUGCAACAGAAUACCAACAUCAACAUGCAGCCACUUCAAUCCCAACUUACUGGUGAAUACGGUCAAACUCAGUGUCCAGACAAUCCAUCCUCGAUUAUUCAAGAUUGUGGAGACUCUGUACCAUGUCUCUAUGAUUAUUAUAACUUCAAUGCAAAACUUUUGGGAUUGAAUGUAAAGAAUGAGUGGAACACGUUUACUUCUGAUCGAUUCGAUGCUUCACGACAGUACAAUAGCUGUGGUGUGAUCAAUAUCGAAUAUCCAGAAUAUUUGAUGAAAACUUCAUCAAUGUCAUCUGCUUACUUACAAGGAGAUGUUGCCCGAUUCGAGUGUUUCCAAUCACAUUGGAUCUAUGGAGUUCAUGAAUAUAAAUGCGGAAUUGUUGUGGAUCGAAAUCAACGAAACAUCAUUGAUCCACGCGAUUAUCGUUUUGAAUGGAACAAAGGAGAACAGCCAUGGUGUAGAUCAAGAGAAAAACAGAAUUUCUUGACUUGGCUUGCGAUUAUUGGUGGAAUAUUUGGAGUAUUAGUAUUUGUGAUUCUCAUUUUCUUGUGCUGUUGGAUUGUGAAACAGAAGAAAAAGGGAGAAGCAGCAGAAAGAAGAGGAUACGAUAUGGCAAGCAGAAGCUCAAUGACUGGAAGUCGUGGCGGAAAGAAGUAUCCAAUUCACGAAUCAGAGCCAUUAAAUGAGAAACGUUUUGAUGCAGAUACGUACAGAGAUGAUGAUUUUUAUCCUCCUGCAAGAGAAGAACAAUACGCUGCUCGAAAUGAGGAUCUACACGGACUCAAGACUUCUGUAUAAUCAUUUUAAAAGUUAUCUCAUUUUGUAAUUCCUUUGUGCACAACGAUGGAACACAUUUCCUUUUAAUUACUUUUUUAAAGGAAAUGCAUUUAAUUGUAAAAAAGUGCAUUUGAUAUUUAACAAAAAUGGUCUCAUUCUCUCUUCAAAUCCUUUCAUUCUGCCAAUUUUCGAAUCGAAAACCUGCAAACAUCCUCUAUUUUUCUGUGAUUUUUCUUUUGCCUGGAAAGGUGCGUAUUUAUUUUAAGUAUAUGUUUGAAUUGUGAAUAUACCCCCAUGACUGAUGAUGAUUUUUUCUUUCCUGGUCCCACGUUCCUAUUUUUAGGUUUCAAAGUUUUAUGUGUUCGUUUUUUUUUUCGGAAAAAAAAGCUAUAGACUCU